UUAUUUUCUCUGCGCUGUCCUUGUUGGCGCCAUUAAUGAUUAGUUGCCCGAAGUUGAAAGGUGUAACUUUUGGUGUAACAUGUAAGUUAAGCGAGGGCCAAGAUGAACACGGCGCUGAAACACUGGAGGGAGGCGGCGACGGUGAUCUUGGCGGCCGGGCUGAGACGCGCUCAGAGCGCGGACUCUCUUAAAACAGGUCUGGAAAAAGUCACUCGUAUAGCGCACAAAUCUGCCUUUGAUUAUCAAGUGCUACUGCUGAAACGGAGCGGGAACAGCGGGUUCAUGCCCAAUGCCUACGUGUUUCCCGGGGGGCUGGUGGACGCGUCUGACUUCUCCAGCGAGUGGCAGGAGGUCUUUAAAUCCUUUACGAAAGUGCCCUACUACGGCAUCGGAGUUGCGAAGCAGCCGCCGGAGACCAGACCACCCAUUUUCGCCACUGACAGAGCGCAGCUGGGAUCACCCAUCCCCGGAGACGUGGCUUUCAGGAUAUGUGCGGUGAGAGAGACGUUUGAGGAGUCCGGUGUGCUCCUGGCGGUCCCCAAACACGAGGAAAGCGGGAUUCGCGUGCGCACAGAUGAUGCUCGGGACAGUGACCCCCAGCCAACCCUGACCACACUGAGCAGACUGUGGGACAGAGACGUGCUGUCCAAGUGGAGGUCUCUGGUUAUUAGUGACUCGGCGAAUUUUAUUAAGAUGUGCAAGGAGAUCCAAACAAAGUUUCAACCUUUCUGCAAAUAUAUACAAAUGGUGCUUAACUCUUGGGAAAUACACUGCCUUGUUUCUCAGUGGUCCAGUCCCUCUGAAGUGCUGCACAGCUAUAAAUCAAAGGAGAUCUGGAUCGCUCCACCUCAGUUCUACGAGCUUGGACGCAUGCGCCGGUUUCCAGCUCUCAGAGAUCUCCACCACUUUGCCUGGCAGAGGUCUUUGGAUGGUUGCGAACAGUGGCUGCCUAUUCUCCUGGUGGCGCCUGACUGCUUUGCAAGCAUUUUACCAGGGGAUGGUCUGUACCCGGAAAAAGUGGACCCUUCUGGAAGGAGUGGUGGCGUGAUGAAAACGGAGAAAAGUCUUGAAGAGCUCCAGCGGGACAGCGCAAACCUGCACCGGAUCGUCAGUCAGGAUCCAUAUUCAAUAACUGUCCAAAUGAACAUCACACCCAAGUAUAACCACCUGUCUCCUCUCUGCGGUAUAGAUGUGGACAACCCCUCCAAAGACCAUAGUGAACUCUGACACUUACCUGCCAAACAGUGGCACGACUGAUGGACAGAAACGCUACGUGGGUUUUUUGUAAAUCAGCUCUUUUUCUACCUGCCGUUGUGGCACUUGAGCUAUGAGUGUAGUUCAAUAUAUGGUCUCCCUAACUUUUGUCAUAUAAAGAUGACAAUGACUACCUUGUUGAUGUGACAACUGCUACUACCAUGUAUUUUUUCAUAACUUGGUCAUGAGCUCUUAAGUGCAUUAAAAAAAAAAAGUCUAACAGAUGUAAAGUUUGAAUUGUCACAGUUCUUCAUUAAUGUAAUAUUGCAGAUAAGACAGUAAAAGGAAAAGGCUACUGAAUGUU